AUGUUAGGCUCAUUUGGUUCUUCAUCCUCUUCCAGAUCCCACGACGAACAGGAUACUACUAAUAAUCAUAAUAAUAAUGACCCGCCUUCAUCGGUGGUGGCUCCGUUGCCGCCGUUUCAGUUCCACCAGAUUCAACGCCGGAGGACUGUCUUCGCUUCUUCUUCAUCUCCUCCGGCGAUUCAAAUGCGGCAAUUCCUAAUCAGCUGCGCUGAGUUAAUCUCGAGAUCUGAUUUCUCCGCCGCUCACCGUCUCAUCUCGUUUUUGGCUUCUAAUACUUCUCCUUUUGGCGAUUCCAGUGAGAGAUUGGCGCAUCAGUUCACUCGCGCCCUUUCUCUCCGCCUCCACCAGAGCAUCUCCGCCUCCGCCUCCGCCGCAACUCCGCUGCCGUUUCCUGAGGCUCAGAUAGCUAGUGUUGAACAACCGGGGCUUGUUCAGUCCUCCUAUUUGUCUCUCAAUCAAAUCACGCCGUUCAUAAGGUUUACUCAUCUCACCGCGAAUCAGGCGAUCCUGGAAGCGAUCGACGACGGUCAACGAAAUGCCGUUCACAUCCUUGACUUCGACGUCAUGCACGGCGUUCAGUGGCCGCCCUUAAUGCAAGCCCUAGCGGAUCGCUACCCUCCCCCGACGCUCCGGAUCACCGGCACCGGAAAUGACCUGGAUAUUCUACGGAGAACCGGCGACCGUCUCGCCAAAUUCGCUCACUCCUUAGGGUUGAGAUUCCAAUUUCACCCUCUACUCCUCAGCAACAACGAAGAUGACGAAGACGUCGACCCUCCUCUAUCCUCCGUCGUUCUACUCCCGGACGAAACCCUAGCCGUGAACUGCGUGCUUUAUCUCCACAGACUCCUGAAGAAUCGCGAGAAGCUCAACCGUUUUCUUCACAGAAUCAAAAGCAUGAGGCCCAGGGUGGUCACCGUGGCGGAAAGGGAAGCGAGCCACAACAGCUCUUGCUUCCUCCAGCGGUUCGUGGAGGCGCUGGAUCACUACGCCGUGGUGUUCGACUCCCUGGAAGCGACGCUGCCGCCCAGCAGCCGGGAGAGGGUGGCGGUGGAGCAAGUCUGGUUCGGGAGAGAGAUUGUGGACAUUGUGGCGGCGGAGGGAGAGAAGAGGAAAGAGCGGCACGAGAAAUUCCGAACAUGGGAGAUGUUGUUGAGGAGCACCGGUUUUAGCAAUAUCGGUUUAAGCCCUUUUGCUCUGUCGCAGGCAAAACUUCUUCUCAGACUCCAUUACCCUUCAGAAGGUUACCAGCUCCGUGUCAUCGCCGAUUCUUUCUUCCUCGGCUGGCAAAACCAUCCACUUUUCUCUGUAUCUUCUUGGCACUGA